CAUUGUCGGUUGCGCUCACAGUGAGUAACCCAAGCCACGUGCCAUUAACAUUGUGGCUACUGCCUAUACAAAGACAAAUACGAACUUCCUCCAAGGUCUCGAUUGUGGAGACUUCAUUUAGCCACUUUUAUAACCGCCAUCGCCGCCGCAAAUCCCGCUACUCAGCUCACUAUCACUUUUUUUCUGUCACUUACCUCCGCCGGAACUUUUCCAAAACGGCUGCUCCGAUAAGUGAUCUUCAUGCUUCCGAUACACUCCCCAAAACCCCCUUCUUCUCCGACGAAAGCCACAAAAACACCUGAAUUGAACUCAAUCAAACGCAAAAACUCGUCGAGUUCUUUCCAGUCACAAAAUUCUUUCGUUUUCCCCAACAGUAAUCGCUUAUGGCUUCUUCUGGUCAUCGUGUCGUUACAAAUAAUCAUCCUCCUUAUGGCUCGUGGCCUCCCUCUUUCUCACCGCCGUACCCAUUUUCCUUCCCCUUUGUCUUACGAUCAUAAACCCGUUCAAAAUCGUGCUAACUUUUCGACACAUCGUUCAAAAUCCGCCGACAUUUCGAUUUCCUCCACCGUUUCUUCUCCACCCGACCGGUGUUCGUCGGGUCGGAUAUUUGUUUACGACUUGCCGGCUGUUUUCAACAGGGAGUUGUUGGAUAAUUGUGCGGAUUUAGACCCAUGGCACUCGCGUUGUGAGGCUUUGUCAAACGGUGGGUUCGGGAGGGAAGCCGCCGGAUUAUCCGGCGUUGUACCGGAGGGUUUGGUUCCAGCUUGGUACUGGACUGACCAGUUCGCCAUGGAAGUUAUUUACCACAACCGUGUCUUGAGCCACGAGUGCCGGACGAUGGAGCCGGAUUCCGCGACGGCGUUUUACAUCCCGUUUUAUGCCGGACUCGCUGUCGGAAAAUACUUGUGGCUUGGGUAUAGUUCGAAAGAUCGUGAUCGAUACUGUGAGAUGAUGUUGGAAUGGAUAAAGGAUCAACCGUAUUGGAACCGCUCCGAUGGCUGGGAUCAUUUCAUGACGAUGGGUCGUAUCACGUGGGAUUUCCGGCGGUCUAAAAACGAAGAUUGGGGUUCCAGCUGUAUUUACAUGCCAGGUUUAAGGAACAUCACACGGCUUUUAAUUGAACGGAACCCUUGGGACUAUUUCGACGUUGGCGUCCCUUACCCAACCGGAUUCCACCCAAGAUCCGAUUCCGACAUCGUCCAAUGGCAAAACUUCGUCCGUAACCGCCGCCGUAAAACCCUCUUUUGCUUCGCCGGAGCUCCCCGAGCCGCCAUCAAGAACGAUUUCAGAGGGUUACUCCUCGACCAUUGCAACAACGCUUCGGGUUCAUGCAAAGCCGUGGAUUGCACUGGUAGCCGUUGUUCCAACGGCACCUCCGUCAUCCUGCAGACAUUUUUAGAUUCCGAUUUUUGUCUCCAACCCAGAGGCGACAGCUUCACCCGCCGGUCCGUCUUUGACUGUAUGAUCGCCGGUUCGAUCCCGGUCUUUUUUUGGCAUCGAACAGCUUACCUUCAAUACCAAUGGUUCUUACCCGAUGACCCCAAAUCAUACUCUGUUUUCAUCCACCGUGACUUAAUCAAAAACGGUACCUCCUCCAUUAAAACCGUUCUUCAAAGUUACAGCAAACAAGAACUAAACCAAAUGAGGGAGAAAGUGAUUCAAUACAUUCCCAAAUUAGUUUAUGCAAAACCCGAAAAGGGUUUAAACAAUAUAAAAGAUGCAUUCGAUAUCGCCAUGGAUGGAGUUUUGAAGAGAAUUAAAGAACAGGAGCAGCCUGGAUUCAAAUGGAAAUGAUUAUAUACAUACAUGUAAAGUUUUUGUUGGGGAAGAUAAUAUAUCAGAGUUGCAGAGCAGGUCAGAAAAUUUCAUCAAACAUAUGUUUUUUUCCUUGAAAAAAUUGGUAGAUUGAGUUUCAGGGGCUGUGUAUAUUUGUGCAGAUGGCAUAAUUUGUCUGCAGUUUCAGUGGCAAUGAAAGCCAAGUAGUUGAUUUUGGAAGAAAGGUAUUGUUUUUCCCAAUUUGGGUUAUGAUUGGAUUUGGAAUUUUAGAGAUGAUAAAGAAAUAAAAAUAUAUCACAUAACCCAAAUAAGUCAUAAUAUAUAUUUAUUUGUUGUAGUCACCUGGAUCUUCAUAUUAGAUUGUUACAUGUAUUCAACCAUUACUAUGAAGAUGGGAAUUUAAUAAUUAAAAUUUUAUGUGAUUAUGUGAUAUAGUGGAAUUCAAGUUUAGGUAAUAAUAUUUUAUAAUUGUUGAUAA